AUGUGUCGUGAUGUUGGCACGCACGCCAUCAUUGCGUUAGCUUUGGACUCCUACAAUUCAAGGGAAGAAGGAACUGCGAAAGCAGAGGACUCUAGCCUCUUAGCGGGAGGCGGAUCUGUGAAAACAGACGACGGCUCCCAAACAAAAGAAACAAGGAAAAAUGCAGAGGUUGAGCCUGCUGACAUACCGAAAAAACCUUCAGGAGCAGAGAGGAAGAAGCUUAUGAAGGAAAGGAAAAUAGCUGCAGGAACGUGGACGGAAGAAAAUCCCCACAAGAAUGCAGCCCAAAAACGAACCCAACGAAAGGAGGACCAAACGAAGAAAGGGGAUAAAAAGCCCCAAUCUGAGUCGCAGACUCCCCCCCACUCGAAGUGGAACCAAGCAGGCCAGAGAAAGCAUCCAGAUACAACCCUAGACCAAGCACAAGGAGACUUGGUACAAAAAACUCUUGUGGAGAGGCUCUACGCUGCUCCUUCAGGCAGUGGAGGAGCACCACAGUUUCAUAGAACAUCGUUUAGCGCAGGGGUCAUUUGGAUGACCUACGCUAACCAGCAGACCGUGGACUGA